AUGUGUCUGAACGACUCUGGUCGAGAGCCCUCACCACUUAAGUCCGUCCCUCAGAUCCGCCUGGUGCCUCCCGGGCGGCUGCUGCAUUUGGGUCGCCACUGCGGGGCACGGAGGGCUUGGUGGAUCCGGCGCUCUCAUCCAGCCCUGCAUCGAAUUCAGGUUCACCUCGGUGUCGGUCAGGAUCACUCCGGCGCAAGCUACAGAGAGGGCUUGCAGGAGGCGCUGCUGGGUGCCCACGGCAUGCGCCCGCAGCCCUGGGCGCCGGUGGAUCAGGUGGCGGUUUGCGCCUGCUGCACCACGGACUUCAUCUGGUCUACAGUGCUGCGCUCCCAGCCCCACAAGAUGGCGGCCAGGUGCCGCUGCCAUUCCUGCGGGGCGGUGGUUUGCGACGGGUGUGCCCAGCAGAAGCAGGCCCUGCCGCAGGUGGGCAUCCUACGUGAGGUCCGGGUCUGCGAUCGCUGUUUUUUGCGGCCAAAGAGCCUCAAGUAG